AUGCGUCCUUGGAAACGCAAGGAACGACCUCGUCUCGAUAAGGACAUACCAACUAGCUACUCGCCAUUAGAUAGCCCGGCUGUGGCCUUCAAUCCUGAUAUAGUUCCAGACACAGAUCAGAGCAAGAAGCUGGCGAAACAGCACUCGGAGUUCGGCCCACUCGGUGAUCCAUCUCACCUCUACAUCAGCGAAUUCCCAGGGGGCGAGAUAGCCGAUCCAGUCGUUGAGGAUCCGCCUUAUUACAUUGUCUUGACAACCUAUUUCAGUUUCCUUCUUCUGAUCUUCCUGGGACACUUUCAUGAUUUCUUUGCACGAUGGUUCCAGCCUCAUACUUACCGACACUUGAAACCGCACAACGGCUAUGCGUCGCUGUAUAGCGACUUUGAGAGCUUCUAUACCCGGCGUAUGAAACAAAGGAUCAACGACUGCUUCGAACGACCUACCACAGGGGUGCCAGGUAGACAUGUUGCGCUGCUAAACCGGACUACAAAUGAUAAUGUUGAUUUCCACUUCACUGGCACGAAGACAAACACUCUCAAUUUGAGCUCAUAUAAUUAUCUCGGGUUUGCUCAGUCGGAGGGCCCCUGUGCCAAUGCAGUGGAAGAGACGAUUCGUCGAGAGGGUAUCAGCAUGCCUGGAUCAUCCAGCGAUGUAGGGUAUACGAAAGCACAGGCUGAAGUGGAAGACCAAAUUGCCCGAUUUGUUGGGAAAGAGUCCGCUAUAGUCUUUUCAAUUGGGUUUGUGACAAACUCCACCAUCUUUCCUUGUCUGGUAGAGAAAGGAUGUUUAAUCUUGUCGGACGAACUCAAUCACGCCUCAAUUAGAUUCGGUACCCGGCUCUCUGGUGCAGCAAUCCAAGUCUUUGCACAUAACAAUAUGGUUAGUCUCGAAAAGAAGCUUAGGGAAGCGAUUUCCCAAGGCCAACCGCGAACACAUCGACCAUGGAAGAAAAUUCUGGUGACUGUGGAGGGCCUGUUCUCGAUGGAGGGAACAAUGUGCAAUCUUCCCCGAAUCUUAGAGCUCAAGAAGAAAUACAAGUUUUAUCUUUUUAUUGACGAAGCUCACUCAAUUGGAGCCGUUGGGGGCCAAGGCCGUGGGGUUUGCGAUUACUUCAAAGUCAAUUCGGCCGAGGUUGACAUUUUAAUGGGGACAUUUACUAAAUCCUUUGGGGCUAAUGGGGGCUACGUUGCUGCAAACAAGGCGAUCAUCGAUAAGUUACGCUGCACCAAUGCUGGCCAGAUAUACGGUGAAGCACCAGCACUUCCAAUUCUAGCGCAGAUAUCUUCCUCGCUUCGUCUCAUCGCAGAUGAGGAUCCCGCCCAUCCCGGCAAAGGAAGAGAGCGCCUGCAGCGACUAGCUUUCAAUUCGCGGUAUCUCAGGCUGGGAUUAAAAAGGCUUGGCUUCAUCGUCUACGGCCAUGAUGAUUCUCCCAUUGUUCCCCUGAUGCUGUAUCACCCGGGCAAGAUGCCUGCAUUCUCUAGGGAAAUGCUACAACGCAAGAUCUCCGUGGUUGUUGUGACAUAUCCCGCCACGCCCUUGGAGCUCUCUCGAGCGCGGCUGUGUGUCUCAGCUGCACAUACUAAGGAAGAUCUUGAUCGAGUGCUCAAGGCGUGUGAUGAGAUUGGGGAGGCAUUGCAGCUUAAAUUUUCGUCGGGGAUUGCCAGUGGAUUAAGGGAGCCUGCACUUUGUCCCACCAUACUAAAGGAGGACCAAAAGCUACCCGAACCUCCGCGAUGGAAUUUGGAGGAAGUUAUUGAAAGAGGGACUAGGGAUGCGAAAAUGCCUUUUUAUUGACUCCGG